AAUCAAAUUUUACAAUCUAAAAAAAGGAAAGAUAAAGAAAAUUAUUCCUUAGAAAUAAUAAUUAUAAUAAUAAAAAGAAAAAACAAAUUUGCAAGAAAUAACAAAGUGCUUUUGUAAACAAAUCUAAACACCAAGCAAUUAAAAGUGAUUACAUAAAUGACUGAUCAUAAGAAAUUCGAUAGCGUUGAAAUUCAAUAGUAGCUUAAAAAUAAGUUGGAAGACCUUUUCAGAAGAGAAAAUUUAGAAAAGGAUGUCUACUUUAUUGCCAGAAUGAAUGACAAGAUGGAAAUACCCUUACAAAUCGUUUAUCAAUAAAAGGAAAUCUAUAAAAUUUGUCCUAAUGGACGUUAUGUUUUGCAAGCUUUGAAGACCUGCGAAAAUAUUAUUGUUAAUUAAGAAUAGCUCUAUGUUAUUCCUAAAAUCAUCCCUAAUAAGGUUAGAAUUUAUGUUAGAAUUGCUGAAAUCAAGCAUACUAACAUUGACAAUUUACUUAACCAUAUUAAGGAAAAGUCCAAUACAAAAAUUGAUCACAUUAAAAUUGUUAGCCCCACUUCUGCUUUCUUGACUGUCGAAAAUGAAGAAAAGGCUACUGGUUUAUACAAUUGGAUUAAUUCCAACAAAAUAGAAUGUGAACCUGCUGAAGUCUAAUUGAGAGAAGAAAAUCUCUACAAAGUCUUUAGAAAUAAUGUUAAGGAAGAUCUUUCUAAAUAUUAUGAAAAGUUAAAUGAAGAUAAGAAAGCCCAAGAAAUGUACGAAAAUUUACAAUUCUUUUAAGGAUAAAACAAUUUCCCUGUUGCAAAUAAGAAUAAGGUUGGUGAAAAUAUCUUUGCUAAUCCUUUUAACUAUUUCUUCUACUAAUAACCCACCUAAGACUUUAAUCUUUAGCCAUCAAUUAGAAAAAGCAAUGGUGAAAGUGCUACUAUUGAUAAACAAUAGCAAUAGCAACAAUUCAACCCCUUGGCUUUUAUGAUGUACUAGUAACCCCAAUUAUUCGGCUUUCCUCAAUAAGGAAAUCCUAACAAUAUUAGCAACAAUCACAGACGUAAUAAUCACGUCUAAGGUAACGGAAAAGUUAACAAUAAUAACUAAAAAGGUAACAAUCGUAGCAAGAGCAGAGGUCAAGUUGAUAACAACAAUAAAAAUAGCAGCUUGAAUAAAAGCAAGAGCAAAAAGAGAUAAGACGGAGGUAAAUUCAGUGAAAAAAAGGGCAAAAAUGCAAGCAAUUACAACAAUAAAUCCGGCGAAAAGGUUGUCAAUAAAGAUAAGAAUUCCAAGAAGGGCAAUUUGAAGAAUGGAAACAAGAAGACCAAGCCUCAAAAACCCAUAGUUGAUAACGAAGAAAACUUCCCAUCUUUGUUAGGUUCUCAACCCUAAGCUCAAAAUGAAAACUAAGUCGAUAACAAUUAAGCCGACUCUAGACGCACCAGAAAAGCUAGCGCUGAAAAGAGAUAAAACGCAGAAGCAUCUCCUGCCGCUAAAAAAGAAGUUAAAAUAAAAGUUGACGACAAAAGCAAGGAUUAAAGAGAAAGACUCGUUAGUGAAAGCAAAGACAAAGUCAGAGAAAGACAAGUUAGUGAAAGUAGAGAUAAAUAUAGUCACUAAAAUAAAAAUCACGAAAAGUCUGGCCAUAAACAUGAAGAAGUAGUUUAUGUUAGAAAGGGCAAGGAUGUGAAAAUUACCUAUGAUAAGGAACGUUUGGUUAACAUUUUCAAGCUUAUUAAAGAAAAAAUAACUACUCCUGAAUCUAUUGUUAAAUCCUCAAAGGAUGAUUUUAUCCCUGUUAUUAAUAUAAAUGCUGCUAAGGAAAUCGAAGUCACAAAGCCCACUGAAGUCGAAUUAUUGCCUCUCAGCAACCCUGGAACUCCUUAUCAAGGUACUACCUCAAUUCCUUAUAGAAAAAACAGCAUUUCUAGAAGUAACAUUAAAAGAAAAGAAUCUGAAUAAUUAAAGAAAAUUGAUGAAACCGAAGCUUAGUGA